CCUUAAAUGACUAAGUUAACCCUUUGCCUUGCCGAUGAAGUUUAACCGCUGAAAAAAAAACAGGGAGGAACGUUCACAGUUUUCAAAACCAGGGGUGGGAAAUUGAUUCGACAAACCUAGCAUUUAAAAAAAAAACAAGAGAGAUUUCGUUGAAACGAACAGCGAGGCUGAUGCGAUUACUGCAAUUAAGGCUGAUUCGGGUCGGAUACUGUUGAUGUUGAAAAGUCCAGUCGAAAACUCGAGCGACAAAAUCAGGAGGAAGUUCCCUAACGCACGCACGUUGAGAAUGAGAAAGCGGACCGUUUACGCAUGGAGCGUGGCGAUCAUCUGCUUCGUUGUACUGAUGAUUGUCACUCCUGCUAUCCCUCAGUCUCAAGAAUAUCACGAUUUCGCUGACCAACGCGAGUUCUUUGGUAUACCUAAUUUUCUAAACGUCGUUUCCAAUUUCCCCUUUCUUAUUGUUGGUCUCAUCGGGCUUGUCCUCUGCUAUCAUGGCAAUUAUUUUAAGCUAAGCUUGCAAGGUGAGCUUUGGGGUUGGACAUGCUUUUUCAUUGGUGUGGCCGCAGUUGGUAUUGGAUCGUCAUACUAUCAUCUCAAGCCUAAUGAUGCUCGGCUUGUGUGGGAUCGGUUGCCUAUGACUAUUGCUUUCACAUCAAUAAUUGCAAUCUUUGUCAUCGAAAGGAUUGAUGAGCAGAAGGGAACUGUUUCACUUGUACCUUUACUUUUGGCUGGUGUAGUUAGCAUUUUGUAUUGGAGGUUUUUUGAUGACCUGAGGCCUUAUGCUUUGAUCCAGUUUGUUCCCUGUAUUGCCAUCCCUCUGAUGGCUAUAUUGUUGCCUCCAAUGUACACACAUUCCUCAUACUGGCUUUGGGCAGCAGUAUUUUAUCUGUUAGCUAAGGUAGAAGAGGCAGCAGAUAAACCAAUAUAUAGAUGGACUCAUCAUGUUGUCAGUGGGCACACUCUUAAGCAUCUUUUUGCUGCAAUGGUUCCUGUCUUCUUGACACUCAUGCUUGCGAAGAGAAGUAUUGAAACCCAAAGGAUAAGUCUUCUUAAGACAUGGAAAAUAUCAUGGGCAAAGUAUAAAGAAAAUGGUUCAAAGGUAUGUUAAUAAAAACUGCUCCCACUUCCUUUCUUGUGUGUCUGUUAGAUUCUCGCUUCGAUUGGGCUUACUUGACACAGCUUAAUUGGGCAGUUUUAACCUGCUUUGUACUUUAUUUUAGGUUUUGAGUUUGGGUUUCACGUGUUUUAGUUUUCUAUUUGCAGUUGUAUCCUUACUGAAUUACGGGAGUUUUCUGUUUAGCAUAAUUUAUUUAAUCUAUAUUAUUAAAUUAAAUAAUCAAU